UUCCCGUGAUGGUGGGAGGAUGAUGAUAAGUGACUUAUCAUAGUAGUAACUUUGUCCUUAUCUUCGCUGCAUUCCGUAGCGGUGGUAUUAUUGACUAGUUUGUUUGUGCUGCAAUUCACCACCACCACCACCGGCUCGACGUUACUUAUCUGGUGUUACAAUUUAGUUCAGCUAACUGACUGAAGAAAGAAGUGACUGCCGGAUGGCUGGAUUGGAUGCGGAAAAGCUGAGGUGAAAUCUGGUCAGGUCAGCCGUUCUGGCUGACAAUUCUUCAUCAAUUGUCUUCAAGGUCAAGGACAGGAAUGGCACGGUAUCGCGGACAAGUUCAAGGGGGGAAAGGUCACCAGCAAGCGGCAGGAACCGGUCCGGCAGCCAAAAGUACAAUGUCCACGGGGGCAAAACGUCAACAGAAACGGAAGCUCUCCGACGCCGAGGAGGAUGACUUAACGUCGUCCAACGGGCACAGUGGGAGCGAAGGGAAAACCGGGAUACCUUCCGUGAACAGGGUCAACCUGCGGAAACCCGGGUAUCGAAAUCAUCACGGCGGUGCUACCGGACGCCAGAAAUCGUUCACGUUUAACAAACUACUUUCCACCUGUGGGAUAAGCACAAUUGUAGCAUUUGUAGCGUAUUAUGGUUAUCUUGGAUAUUUAGAGACUAGAAUUUCAACUCCUCUGCAAGUAGAUAAGGUAGUCGUCCGUGCAGGGCUUGAUAUUCCCGAACGGUUUUGGGGGUCUUAUCGACCCGGCGUCUACUUUGGGAUGAAGCAUCGAAGUCCAAAGUCCUUGCUCACUGGGUUCAUGUGGCUCCUCCCUUCUCUAGUCAGGCCAGGAGAACCCAACUUACGGCACUUGUGCGAACAAGGUGACGGCCUAACGAAGUACGGCUGGGUUGAGCAUGACGGCGUAAACUUUGGGGUUCAGGAAAUCAUUGAUCAUCACAUGAAAUUGACAACGUCUUUCGUUAAAGCUCAUCACGGGAAGAAAGGUGGCGAUUGGACGUCACGAAUCGAAGUUCAACCUCUGGCGACUACAAAUCAUCCCCAGUCGACCACGAAGGAGGAAGUCGUGCUCCUCUACUACGUCGCUUUGGAAGCCGGCAUGGGUGGGAAUCUCGUUCCCGAAUAUUACGGCGACAUUCUCAAAUCCGUCGAAGGUUACACGCCCGAGUUGGGAAAGUUCACGAUAAAGUUCAUCAACAACAAUAACGUUUUAAAGUCUUCAUUUAUCCAAACAAGUCUGGAUUCCAUGACUGCCGCUUCAAACACCGUGCUCUCGAGCAUGGCGACCACCUCGGUUUCCGAAAAGCAGUGGUUGUUCUUCCUCAAAAAUAGGAAUCAGCCAGACUCGAACCCUCAAAACUUUCUUGUUUAUCAGGUUCACGUCAAGGGUCACUUUAGUAUGGACAUUGUAUACGAGUCUGAAAGCGGGGUCGUCCCUUCCAAGAAACUUUUAUCGGGGGACAUGUACAGCGAAAUGUUGCAAUCGUACAGGGACCGAUUUUCCGACAAGUUCGAGACGACCUUUCACCUGGAGAAGAAAGGCUUUAAUAAAACCUCGAUUCACUUUGCCAAAGCUGCCCUUAGCAACCUCAUCGGAGGGAUUGGUUACUUCCACGGCCAUUCGAAAGUCCAGUCGCCUUACAACUCUGCCCCUGUGCCGUACUGGACGUCCAGUCUGUACACGGCCGUCCCCUCGAGAAGCUUCUUCCCCCGCGGGUUCCUCUGGGACGAGGGCUUCCAUCUCCUCCUCAUCAACAAGUGGAACCCUGAAAUCUCCAUCGACAUCAUUUCCCACUGGCUCGACAUGAUGAACACGGAAGGCUGGAUCCCCCGAGAACAGAUUCUUGGCGACGAGGCCUUGUCCCGAGUCCCGGAGGAGUUUGUCGUCCAACGGAACGACGUCGCCAAUCCUCCCACGCUCAUCAUGGCGGUGUUCGACCUCAUCCAACGCCACCGCGAAUGGCUCCUGAUCAAUCAUAAGGCCACCUUGCAGCGAAUGUGGCCCCGCUUGUCGACCUGGUACCAGUGGCUGAAUAAGACCCAGAUGGGAGAGACGCCCUUCACUUAUCGCUGGCGAGGUCGAAAUGCUUCCACCCUGCGGGAACUCAAUCCCAAAACGUUAGCCUCCGGGUUGGACGAUUACCCCCGAGCGUCCCACCCCACCGAGGACGAGCGCCACUUGGACCUCCGCUGUUGGAUGUCUCUCUGUUCUAAACUGAUGGGCGAGCUGGCCGAACUUUUGGACUAUGACGCCACCCGGUUUCGCUACACAUAUGAAAAGCUCACGGAUCAAGACCUCCUCGACAAGCUCCACUGGUCACCGAAACUCGGAGCUUAUACCGAUUAUGGAAACCAUUCAGAUAAAGUCGUACUAAAACAAGCACCCGUCAUUCCCCCGAAAAGCGGGCAACGUCCGGUCCAACCUCAAGAAAAGGUUCGGCACGCCGUGCAACCACCGGAACUCGGUUUUGUCAACAUGUUCGGCUACGUCAGCUUGUUCCCCUUGAUUUUGGGGAUUUUGAAACCCGACUCGCCCACCUUCACGGCCACCCUGGACAAGUUGGAUAACCCCAAAUUGCUCUGGACCCCGUACGGGCUUCGUUCCCUGGCCGCCAAUGCGCCCCUGUACAACAAGCGGAACACGGAGCAUGACCCGCCCUACUGGCGAGGCCCCGUCUGGAUCAACGUCAACUUCCUCACGCUCAAAGCCCUGCAUGACUACUCGAAAAUGGGCGGAAGUGGGGCCGUCUUGGCGAAGGAGAAGUAUCACAAGUUACGGGAGAACGUGGUCAAUAACGUGGUCAGUCAGUACCACAAGACGGGCUACGUUUGGGAGCAGUACGACGACGCGACAGGGAAAGGGAAGGGUUGCCGACCCUUCACCGGCUGGUCGUCGCUCGUUGUUCUGAUGAUGGCGGAAGAAUAUUGAGGCUAAUGAUAUCUAUUCUAUGUGUAGCAGGAUAUGUAAAUAUAUGCAUAAAGAUAGCCUAUGAAUAUAUUUACGCAGAUAAUUAAUAAUUAUGUAAAUAUUGUACCACGUACUUAGUUCCUAAAUGACCCUCAUGUCCAACAGGUUGCCACCACUUUCUUGUUGUCUUUGGCUUGGCUAUUUUUUCUACAAUGAGGAAAUUCACAUCAAUCUUUGUAAACUUUAUCACAUUUACAAAGUUGGUGUGAAGAUAGCCUCCGCAAUACUCUAGCAACAACAAUGUAUGAUUGAUUUUGUACCCCAAUAUGGAUAAAUAUGUAACAUAAAUAUUAACUUAUUUUAUAGAUAUUCCAAUAUUCCUCCUUUUCUUGUAAUGUUUGCUGCUUUUUAUAAUUGUGAUAAUGUACAGUUUUAUUGUUUGUAUAAAAUGAUUAGCUGCUGUAAGAAUAUAUAAGUAACGUAUUAAAUAGUAGCUUAUAUUAGCUGAUAUUUGUUGAUAGUUGAAUAAAGUUUACAAUACAAUACAAUACAAUUUAAAAUGAUAAAUAAAGAGAACUACAUGUACAAACAGUUUAUAAAACAAA